AUGGCGGAUUAUUCGCGCUUGGACCCGUACAGAAAGUCCAGAUUUGACCAGGGUGUUGAUGCCAAGAUUGUAAUUAUGGGAAACACAGGUGUAGGGAAGACUAGUUUGUUACACAGAUACACCCACAACAAGUUCGAUCCCAAGAAUACGACCUCCACCACUGGUGCAUUUUUUGUCACGAAGAAGGUAUAUGUAGACGGUAUCAAAGUUAGACUGCAACUAUGGGACACGGCAGGUCAAGAAAGGUUUCGUAGCAUGGCUCCGAUGUAUUACCGUGGAGCGAAUGCCGCUUUGCUGUUGUACGAUAUAACAAAUGCAUCUAGCUUUGAUGACAUUCGUGGUUGGUUAGAAGAGCUGAAGAAGAACUGUUCUCCUGACCUCAUCAUUUAUAUCGUGGGCUCGAAGGCCGACCUGCAUCGCUAUCGACAAGUUACCAGUGAUCUCGCGCGCCUGUCUCUGCACACUUGGUUCCCACCGCCAAGAGCACCAACCCCGCCGCCGCCGCCGACAUCAACGUUUUCUUAUAUCCGCCCUCGAUUCACGUCCUUUCCUAGUAUUCGUUCUGCGCCUGUAACAACUUCCGCGCCGGAACCACCUUUGUCUGCGUCUCACGAAACCGUGUCCUAUGUCGACUCCCACGCUUCUGUGCUGAAGCGCUCGAAUACUUCCGCCCCAACUCGACCACGAGCUAAGAGCGGAAGCCUCCUUCUUCCAAGAGCAAAUUCUACCACUGCCGCAACUCGUGCUGCUACACGUCAAGUACAAUCACCUUAUGGCUCACCAUUUGGACACCGUGCCUGGAAUGAAAUUUCUGGCGCCAGCACCACCAGCUUGGACGGCGACGAGGACGCAGAUGAUACAGAUAACCAGGAAUGGGGAUUACACAAGGGCAUGGAGCUCUUCGAAGUUUCAGCCAAGGAUGAUCUUGGUAUUCAAUAUCUGUUCGAUACUUUGAUUACGACUAUCAUCGCGAGGAAGGAUAGUAUUGAACGCGAGAAUGAGCUGAAGAAAAGGGACAGUAUCUUUCUUUCGACAGCUUCUACGCCUACAUGGGCAGCUCAAGCGGAUGAAGAAGAAGCUCGAGAAAAGGCACAAGCAGCAGCAGGAUCGUCUUGGGGCUGUUGUCAAGCAUGA